AGAAUUCAUUACAAGCAGGCGGUUCUAUUUGCUCUUUUAGCUGUAGCUUGAUUUGCAUUCUUUGGUUUUGGUUUCGUAGGCAUUAAUAUCUUCAUCUUAAUUCAGUUGUCUUGUUCAGUGGCAGGGGUGGUCAACUCGAUGUCAUUAUAAGCUAGCACUUACAAGUAUAAUUCGUUUACAACUCUUUCUCGACAAAGAGGACCCGUGUUUCUUUUCAAAGAUGCCUGCAGCAGACGAAGCCCUCGCGCUCGUGGCGUCUCUUGGUUACUUGGAGGCCCCUGAUAUCAUCAGCCUCUUGCGUGUUAACAAAGAGGUACUACUUACUUACUUAUGUCUUCCUGCUCUACUGCUACUGCUACAGUAUAAGGAAAGAUGCAUCUUCACUGAAAUCAGAACAACUUGAAAGUCAAGAUUACACUUUUCAUUUGAUCCUAGGUCUACAUUCGUUGUCACAACGGAACAGAACUAGUCUUGCCGCAUUUGCCUCGUCGCCUCGCCCAACAGAGGAAUGUCAGCCAGAGUGAGUUGCUGUCCUCUGGCCAUGUCCAUCGAAAUAGUGUGCAGAGUUUCUGGGUGGGACAGCCAAGACGAGGCGGGCCGUCCCUUCAAGGAGAGACGUCGUCAUCGGCUACGACUUCUUCUUUUACGGUCGGACCACAACUAGCCUCAAAUGCCGCCACAAACAACUCUCUCUUCCGUACGGAGAGCGCUCCCGUGGAUGUAGUGUCUGGAGCCAGCAGUUUAUCAGGAUCGUCACGACGUUCCUACGGAGGGGGUGGACGGGGUUUUUCAGCUCGUACCAAUGUUAAUGGAGCUUCAGGGACGCAGAGCAAACCGUUAUCGCGGACUAGGAGUCGACAGGACCAGUCUCUGCCAGGCAUAGCAACAAUUGAGGGAGUUCUAGUAGGAGGAAGUACUAGUUCCAGUAGUUCAUCGGCCGCUCCAAACUCGAACGCGGCCACGUCGUCCCGAAGUUUUUAUCAGCUUCAGCUACCCCCAGGAACCUCCACACAGGGGCAACAGCUACCACACCUUCAUCCAAGUACAUCCCCCUCCCCGUCCAUCGUGUUUCCACCAAGCAGAGGACCCUCUCAUGAUCGAGGAUUUCUAAGACCGGAGCCUCCUUCCUUCCCCAACGCGACUGUUGUACGAUGGAUGGUGAAUGGUUCUCCAGACAGUUUAACACCAUCAUCACCGAAGCUGAGUCCUGGUAGAGUCAAAAGACCGCUAGCAAGCGGAGGCUCAGAAAGCAAGCGAAGGAAACUCGUCGACAGCGAUCGUGCGUCGUCAAUAUCACGGUCUUCGUCUAGGAUCAAAAGUGGUCCUGAAAGGUCUCCUCUCAGUGGAGGUCAUCAAGUAGAAGGAGUUUCAACAUUUAGUGGCAGUGCAUCUUCUUCUUCGAGACAGAAUGGAGCUAGUGCUAGUGCAAAUCCAAGUCCAUCCUCCUCUCCUCAAAGCACAUCCAAAAGACAAGUUUCCUCGCGUCCUGUUCCUACGAGGAUCAAGGCCCUUCGUUCAUCCUCGCCACCUCGGUGUACGACUACUGCGCUACCUAGAACAGCCUCAAGGGGCGAAUCACGUCGGGGUGCGCGAAUGAUAGAGACCUUGCUAGCGAAGGAGCAGUGCGCAAUUAUAGGUGAAGAACAGACACAUGAUCUGCAAAAGAUCGCAAAACAAAUGAACAGCAACAGCACUGGUACACCAUCUACCUCCGUCUCAGCGUCUACAUCAUUGGGAACCAGCGCCCACCCUCCACCAUUCUCCCCAUCCUUAGCAUCUUCAUCAAUGACAUCCGCAACGCUGAAUCUUUUCCCUUCCACAAACCAGGAUCCAUCAUUUGUUGAUGAAUCGCUCUUGCAGCUACCGCUCUCGACCGCAGCAGCCUGUCAUCCUCUCCAGCUCGUUGACCUUGCGCCUCUCGUUGGUGGGCAAAAAUCCGGGCACUCCUCAAGAUCUCCCUCUCGGUCUCCGAGUGUGAGGGUUCCAUUUCGAAAUCCACGACUACAGGCAUGGCCUAGUAGUAGUUCACCGGUUACUGGAGCUUUGAGUCACGGCCUUCCAGAGCCGAAGGUGGAAGGACUGGAUGGAGAAGGACAGCUAGCUUGUCAACGUCAAGAGCAACAAGGUGAACAAGGAGUUGCCAACAACGCUCAGAAUCACGUCCAACUAGUGAACUACUCACCCUCAAACAUCAACCAUGUGCUACUUUCCAACCUCCAAACAAGCAAUGGUGGCGCUUCAUCUUCAACUAUAGGUCUAGGUGGAGGUGCAAUCAACAUGGUCGUGGGCACUUCCAACAUGGGACCUUCGACAUCCUUGUUUCGACAGCGUCGUGGUAGACGAGCAACUGAUGAGUUCUCUAUCGCGCAUAGUGAGAGUCAAAUGUCGAUAGUGGAUUCAGAGCCUGACGCGUUUGCUGCAGACCCAAAAGCUGAAUUUCUCGACUCUGAGCCCUUCCUUAUAUCAUCAACUGCUACUGGCGGUGCUUCAUACAAUCACCAAGACCACCUAGUCGUGUCAGAUCGUUCUGCAGUUGGAGAAGUGCCUUUUUCUUCGCCGCCGUUGGGUAGUCCUAGUCGUUAUACCAACCACAACCCCGCCAUGCCGCAUAUCGGAGGUGGAUUUUCUGGACAGCCUGGCCAUGUACUUCCUAACGGUGGGGCAACCAAUUAUAGUAGCAGCAGCUCGACGGGUCAAGCAGCACCUUAUGAUCAUCAACAGCAGCAUGAGCCUCUUCGCGAUCUGUCAGGUGGACCUUCAUCGGCACAGGAAUUUUGCUUCCGUGUUUUCCCGGACGGAAACGAGCUCUGCUCCAAAGAUGAUCAUUUUUCGCUCUACAUCGUGCCUAGAAAUCCAUCAACACAGGCACGACGACGAAAUGGACGUCCUAGCAGUAGAGGCAAUGGAGGUGGGGGCGGUGGCAGUGCAAGUGCGUCUGCAGGCGCUAGUCCGACCGCCAUUACAAGGAGCUCCUCACCCAGUGCAAACCAUGCCAAUCAACAUGUCAAUCAACUCAAUCAACGUAUGGCAUCCCCACCACUCUCCAUACAACAACACCCAUCUUCAUCGUCCCCAACGUCUACGACGUCCUUCUCUCUAGGACCGACUACUCGAGCACCUCUGCAGUCACCGAGGCCAGUACGCGGAGCACCAGGCAGCGAUCAACAGAGAGCAGCUGCGUCGCCAGCUGGUGGAGGUGCAAAUAGGAAUGAUAGUAGAGGUGGAAGGACGCCAGAUCAAAAUCGAGUGGAACAUCAGGAUACAGGUCAACAACUACAAAACUCGAUGAUGUUAGACCCGGAAGGCAGACACAGGUUGUAUUUUGGAGUUGCUCCAGGUUCAGAGCCAGCACGGGAGAGCAAUAGUCCACGACUGGAGUUAGGAAACUUCGACCUGGGGGCUAGACCCAUACUAGACCAAAGUGGCGAAGACUUCGACAUGCAACUUUUGCCUUCUUCUCCGGUGGCAGCAGCAUCGCCAAUAGCAGGCCAGAGCAUACCGAGGUUCGGCAUUCAAAGCAGUCCUAACCAAUCGCCACAACAAAACUCUACUAAGCCGGAGCAGCAACUACAACCAGAAGACCCACCUCCACAGCAGCCCGAUGUGCAUAUGACCUUUGCUCUCUUCACUGAGAACUGCCGUAGAGUCUACUCUCGCAGAAUCUUGAGUGGAGGAGGCAUGUGGGGAGACGCAACUUUCGGGCCAGUGCCUUCCCCCUUCGUCGUCGGUCUCGAGGUCCUAGAAUUUCCAGCCCAAUUUCGAGUCGAAGGACACACUUGGAUCGUCGGAAACGUGCGAAAGAAGCUGCAAUGGUGUGGACCCGAAGACUUUUACUCCUCUGACACUAUCACCCAAGACUUUGGGGACAGAGAGGAAAGCUUCCAAUUCCGGCUGUCCAUGAGAAAGACAGCUCCAGCACUAACGCGAGGCAGAAACAUGGAGCCGCAUGGAACAGAAAUAGAAACCAAAAAGAAACGCCACGCUGAAGAAGAAGAAGUAGAUGAUAAAAUGGAUGUGGAGGAUGAUGGACCAGUAGGAGCUCCUUCUAACACCACAACAACAUCGAAAAGUAAACCUCCAGAAGAUACGAUAGCUACUACUAUCAACAAGAUGAAUGUCGCAGUAAACCCAAGCAGCCAACUGCGUGCACAACCCUGCUCAACGUCAAUAGAUGUCUUUCUACGUGCUUCGAAGCUUGGCCAAACGUAUCCGCCUCUGCAACUCUAUGCUAACGACCAGUUACUUGCGGUGUGGGAUGCAGUCUCGUUUAACAUCCUCGCAGGCUACGCGGGUCUUCGCAAUCUCCCGAUAGACCUCUACAACUUGCCGAACGAUGAACUGCGAUUGUUAUGAAAGAAAUACUACUACUUGCGAUACUUUUUUCUAGAUGAGGUAGUACUAUCAUGAUAAGGUGAGUCUACCUUUCCACAGGGUCGUGUUGAGUCCAUAAUCAAUUACUUGAAUAGUCGCUUAUUAGGUUGAUAAACAUGACCUCUAAUUUCCCGUGUCGAAGUCUACAAUGGUGAGGCACCGAUCGCAGCUCCUCUACAGCAGAUGGAUGGUAGCCGCAGAAACCUUGGUGGAAUGAUUCCUUGCUCAGUGAGUGAUGUGAAUGACGGCCUUGCUGGGAUCCUCUCAUCACCUGUCAGUGGUGCAGCAGAGACGGGGCUACAGCGAUCACUAUCAGCACAGCCAUGGCCUGCUCCGGAAGUGAUGUCGCUCAUUUAGUACCACGUGCGGUCAAGAAUGAUUAAGGCAGAGGAGUUUCUCUUUUCACACGAACACAAUUGUACUCCAACUCCACUACCAUCUCGACACACUGUGCGGAGCAAAUGCAUGACUGCGUUCUACUUUUUUUUGCGCAUUCUAGAUCUAGCUAUGCACACAUGACAUGUCAAAAAGCGUCCUGGUGCUCACAAGCGCACUCUGAUUGAUGGACACUCAAUCGCAUGACACAGCAUAACACGACAUCAAAUGCAGCUUUUGCUUGGUUACAUUUUGCACAGAACACAUAGAAUAGAGGCUCUUUUUAGAGACCACUUAAUCAUCAUCAUCAAUUAUGAUUUAGUGUACGCCAUCAUUUAUCAUAGGUGCGUGGAUAGACCCAUUAUUUGGUUCAACAUUUGGUUCCAUAGUUGUCCUGCUAGCAAUCUAUCAGCAAAGAGCAAAAGAUGGUUUUGCGGACUCGACCAGGAUGCGAUUUGGAUUGUUGUCACCCCUGUGUCCAUGAAAACGACUUGAUGUCAGAUUCGUUCGAGUUUGGUGCUCUCGUAUUUAACAAUGAUGAGUAGCUCGGCAUUUCUUCGUGCUUAACAACUAGUCGUGGGAGAUCAACAUUGAUUCGAAUUAAUAGUUACAGUGCGCCAAUUCUGUUAUCAGCAGCCGUUGUGUAAUAAAAAAAAAAGUACUCUGCUGGUGCACAUUGUAUCAACAUGAUCUCAAUUUUUACGAUUAGUGGGGUGAAUUGACCUGUUCAAGCUGCUUCUAUUGCUCUUCACACGCUUUUUUAGUCUACGCAUCUUCUCUCACAUUAACGUACCCAUUUCUGCUCUGAUUCAAUCACUCACAUGAUUCCCCUUCGUGGACACGGAUACAUUGACCCCUUCCCGUAGCCCAAUAUAUGUCGCGGGGUGACAUCCUUCUCAAUCCCUGGCGAGGAACACUCAACCCCCAAACGCUACCACACUCUGCAUAUCAUUCACCAAACAUUGUGAAUUUUUAGAGGAUAAACGUCCUCCAGGCACCAGCUCCUAUCAU